AGGGUUUUUCCGAAUCUCUUUGCUGCGAGAGGGAAGGAGGGUUUAAGCCUGCUUUCGUUGAAGAAAGGAAGCUGAAAAUACAUAGCAAUUGAGGACUGAAUCAAAGAGAAAAGAUGAAAUCGGUGGUGGGUGUGGUUGUCUCUAACAAGAUGCAGAAAUCAGUGGUGGUGGGAGUGGACAGGCUCUUCCACCACAAGCUUUACAACCGCUAUGUCAAGCGCACCUCCAAAUUCAUGGCCCACGACGAGAACAACACUUGCAACAUCGGUGACCGGGUCAGACUGGAUCCUUCUAGGCCAUUGAGCAAGCAUAAGCAUUGGGUAGUUGCUGAAAUUCUCAAGAAAGCACGAAUCUACGUGCCCCCAUCAGCAGCAGAUAGUGUAGCAAGUGCAAAUAUUAAGAAAGAAGUUCCACCUUCUUCAACUUCUUAAGGUGAAACUUUGUUAGUGACAGAAAAGCUGAGGAGACUUGGAUCUUGAAAAGCAGUUUACGGAAUCAUGCAUAAGGCAAUUUUCCUGGUAAAAGGAUUAAAAUUUGAUGCUCCUGCUUGUAUUAGUUUUAUGAUUGAGACUUGGAGAUGGUGAACAUUGUGCAAAUGAAGCAAUUGAUGUGCUUUGUAUUGAAUUCAAACAAAUAUUAUCUUCUUUUGAUUUCUUUCUUUUCUUGAAUUUUUGGCCAGAAAAAAUUUCUUCGUGUGCACUUUUUUAACAAACCAGAAAUUCAGAUUAUGCGGAAUAGAACUAGGAGCCUGCU